AUGGCUAAUAGUAGAAAUAGUUUAAUAGUUAUAGAAGGACCUGAGAACAGUUUUCAUGAUGAUGAACACUCUUUCUACAAAAUUGUUCUGCCUGGUACAAGCACCAAUGGCCCUGCAAUCCCUCCAUCAUUCUUGGAGCAUAUUGAUGAUAAGGUAGACUUAAAUGUGGUGACUUUAAGCAAUUCAAGUGGAUCCAAAUGGUUUGUCCAAUUAAGGCAUGAAGGAAGCAGCUUAAUUUUCCAAGAUGGUUGGGAGGAAUUUUACAGAGACAACUCUUUAAAAAUUUCCGAUCUUUUGCUAUUUUUGUAUGAUGGUGAAUUGGAGUUUCGUGUCAGUGUAUAUGAUAAAAAUGGUUCUAAAAUUGCUUAG